UAUGUCACCUAGCUGCGCUAUUUCUGCAGUGCUCUCGGUUGCUCCUGGUAGUUUGGUGCAAGUGUACUUCAAACAGGCUUGGAACUAAGCAAAAGUUCUGUGCAUGUAUGUCAUGGUACCCAUCAACCUUGUGCUGGCUUUAUGGCUAUUGGCUGCUUGGGGAUUACAUCAGAGAAAGAGUGGCAUGUUCUCUGCCAUGGUUGACAUUUAAAAGAACAUCUAAAAGUAGCCAAAGUAAUGCAAGUGUCCAGCAAAAUAUUUCUCAUUGCUUGUGCACCAGUGGGUCAACAUUCUUUUUUAUAUAUAUAUAUAUAUAUAUAUUUAUUAUGUCCCUUUGUCAGGAAUCAAGUGUCACUUGAUUCCACUAAGCCACCCACCACGGUAGCUUAGUGGCUAUGGCUUUGUGCUGCCGAGCUCAAGGUCACAAGUUUGAUACUGGCUGUGGCAGCCAUUCGAUGAGCCCAAAAUGCAAAAACAGCUGUGUGCUUAGAUUUAGGUGCACAUUAAAUGGACACUAAAGGCAAAUAUAAAGUCAAGCUAAAGUCAUAUUUUAUUUCUCGAAAAUGUCUAAGGUGUCAGUACUAUUAUUGAGAAUAGAGCUUCCAUAAAUCAGAAAUUAAGGUAAAUAUAGGACACAAUUUGAGACUGUACCAGGACAUUCUGGUACUAGCCCGAUGACAACGUUAUCCGCCUGAUGGCAUUACAAACUGACACCAGUAAAAGGUAGUGAUGUUUGCAAUGUCACACUGCCUCGCUUAUGGUGGAGGUUUUGAAUUGCACCAAAGGUAUUCUCUCUAGAACAGUCCCUCGCACAAAACAAGUGCUCUGAGGUGUCCAAAAUGGUAUUCUAAAGGGAUACUGAACAAAACUUUUACCGCCGAGAUUUUUAGCCCAGAUGAAAGCUUGGGUGCUGAAAUAGGUUGACACAUUGUCUUCAGGCAGAAACUAUAGGGAAAAAAUGUACUUUUAGCAAAAUACGUCUAGCGGCCGUGACGUGAACUAGAGGAAGUGAUGCUUCUGUGACGUUGUCUGUACCAGAUACCAGCGUGCCAACCAUCGCCUGCGUUUCUCCAUCCGCAUGGACAGGGUCGGACAGCAGUGAACGUCUCAACUGCGCUGUUGCUCACGGCUACAUACUUGUUUUCGCAAGCGGAGCUUGUGCCCAAGCCUUCAAAAUUGCUGUUAAUGUUGUGUGCUGCUUUGUAAUGUGAUCAGUGCAGCACCUGGCACAACGCAGGAGAAUGCCUCUACGCUGCUGCGCACAAGGGUGUAAGAAAACUAUCGUCGGGUGAGGCAAGCAUGCAGGGGUGGAAGUGGUGCGCCAUUUGCGCCAUCCUGCUCCAAACUGCUUUCCCUGCACCAUCCUGCUCUAAAACACAAUUUUGCGCCAUAACUCCGCCGCGCCGGCCACUUCGAUGUUUUACCGUCAAAUUUAGCGAAGCCUAUGGGUUAUUUUUCCUCACUGUGGGCUAGCCGAUCUGAUCCAAUCCGAUCCGAUCCGAUACUUCGUGCGAAGCUGUUUGGUGUUGUGUUUGUAAGCUGCUGCCGUUGGAUGCUGGUCGCCUGCAAGCCUGGACAUGAGCAAAAAACGAUGCACCAAAUUCAACGCAGACGUCCUGACCAAAAAGGAUGGCAAUGGGGACCUCAUAUCCCUCUGGUGUCGGCCAAGUGCAAAAGACAGUGAUGGCUUUUGUGUGCUUUGUAAUGUUACAGUGCACUGCGCGCAACAUGGAAGCUCAGCAAUAAUGCGCCAUGCAACGUCUCUUAAGCACAUCGAAAAUGCAAAAAAACAUCGGAACAAAGACGGGGUCCUAACCAAGAGCACUACCAUCCAAAGCACCCUAGAUUUCACGAAGAAUGCAGUGUCACUGUCCCUGCAAGGAAAUGUUACAAGAGCUGAAACAGUUUUUGCUCUUUCUGUGGUAUCCAACUCACUCCCAUACACUUUGGGAGAUGUGGCAACAGCAACAUACCCCAAUAUGUUCCCUGAUUCACAGAUAGCAAAAGCCUUCCAAUGUGGCCGCAAGAAAGUAUCUUACAUCAUAUCUGAUGGCUUAGGACCAUACUUUAAAGCCAAAGUGCUUGAAGAACUUGCAAAGCCUGAGGUAUUCUAUACCGUAAUGAUCGACGAGACCCCAGUGCCCGAGAUGAAGGUGCAGCAGCUGGAUGUGCUCAUCCGGUAUUUCUCUGUUAAUGCACAAGAUGUCGUCGUAGAGCACCUUCAGUCAUUUCACAUGGGGCAUGCCACUGCAGAUGAGCUCUUCUCCUGUGUUGAAGAUGCACUUAACGAACUUCCAAAAAAUAACAUGCUCUGCUUCUUCUCUGAUGGGCCAAAUGUUAUGAAGAGCUUGAAGGGUAAAAUAAAAGCAGAACUUAGCCCCAACAUGAUUGACAUUGGGGAGUGCAGUCUUCAUAAAAUGCAUAACGCAUUUGCCACUGGUCUCAACACUUUCUGCUCUGAGAUUGAAUGUAUUGUCACUGAUAUCCAUCAGUACUUCAGAUAUGCCACAAGACAUGCGGACAUCAAGGAUCUCCAACAGAAACUUGGAUUGCCACAGCUGGAGUUCCUGCGGCACGUAAGCAGCAGGUGGCUGACACUAUUACCAAGUAUACAGCGUGUGCUUAAGCUGUAUGAUGCUUUGAAGUCUUUCUUUUCCAAGGCUGCAGAACCAAGAAAAUCCUCAUCUAUAAGGCACAAUCGCCUCGCAUCUGCAUUGUCUGACAACACGCUCCGAGCACGACUCCUUUUUGUUCAGAAUGCCGCCCAGCUCUUUGACAAGUUUCAAACCUUGUUUCAGAGCAAAGAGCCUCUUCUUCAUUUAUUUUAUGAUGAAAUAGUUGCUGUGGUCAAACAGCUGAUGGGCAGAUUUUUGCGGCAGGAGUCGUUUGUAGAUGUAACUGGUUUCCAUUUGAAGAAUGUUCAAGUUGAAUCGCAAGCUAACUGGAAAGUGAAACCUGAGCUUGGCUUAGAUACUGAGAAAGAAAUGGAGCUUUGGACACCAACUCAGAAAAAGGCUUUCUAUGUCAAGACCAGAGCUUUCUAUAUAUCCUGCACAAAGUACCUCGUCUCAAGGUUACCUUUGGACAACAAAGUGCUGUUCCACAGUAGAUUUUUGAAGCCUGGUGUAGUAGGAGACCACUACACAACGUCACUGCGCUACAUCGCGAAUGCCCUGCCACAAGUCAUGCCACCCAGCGAAGUAUCAUCUCUAACUGAUGAGUGGUUGCGCCUUUGCUGCGAAAUUUCUGACUGGGAUGUUUCAACAAAUGUUGUUGAACACUGGGUUAAUGUGUUUGCACUAAAAAUGCCCACUGGCGAACCCAAAUACCCAAGACUGGGAAGGCUCGUAAGGGCUGUUCUUUCCUUGCCGCAUGGCAACGCAGACUGCGAGAGAGGAUUCAGCGAAAACAAGCAGGCGCUUCACCAUCGAGCCUCUUUGUCAAUAACAAGUGUGUCAAGCCUUCGUCAAACGAAAGCAUACUUGAAGCGUUAUGGGGGUGACGUCACAAAGGUGCCAAUCACUAGAGAUCUCCUGAAGUGUGUUGGAAAGUCGUACAGCGGUUAUCGCAAACGCAUUGAAAUGGAAGAAGAAUCAAAAUCACGCAAACGGAAAUGUGACGAGCCACUGACAGAAAGCAGCGAAGAAAAAAAGCUGAAAGAGGAAAAGGCCACCCUGCAGUGCCGUCUAUCCACCCUGAAGGCAUUACUUACCAGUGCCGAGGAACUCAUCAGCACAGGAGUAAAAUCGAAGGACAUGGACAAAGUGGAAACUGGAAACGUUUUGCUCGUUGAUGUGAAUUCCAAAUUGCCGGCGGUGCUUGAGCGCAUUAGAAUGAUAGAUUCCACGCUGGAAUCUAACAAGUAAUUCUAACAAGCAAAUUGAAUGCUGAAUAAAAUGAUUUUCUUUGCGUUUUUUUGUA